CCUCCUUAGUAAUGUUUGUCUGGAUAUUUUAUUUAACUGAAAAGUUGACCAAAUAUUAAUAAUUUAAGAAGAAAUAUUUUCCCUUUUGAGAAAGUUCUCAGCUUAUUUAUUUUUCUAUGAAAAUAGAAACUAUAUAAAAGCUAAUCAACUUUUCCUUCCCUUCCUUCCUUCCAAUUCGGUGAAAUAAUUUUUAUUUUCUGUCUUUUCUACUCGUGCUAUAAGCCUCUUUGAAAUAAUGUUAUAUUGCUCACCGACUUGCUAUUCUCGAAUCUACUUUGUAUUUUUGCUGUGAAUAUCCUCAGUUUACCAGCCAAAACUGGACCUUUAAUGGAGCCUUCAAUUGACAUUUGAACAAUUCAGCCACACAAGCUUCCCUUUUUCUUAAUAAUUUCUUAUAACUGUUACUGGGUCUCCGAGAUUGGUUUCGGUUUCAUAAUUUUCUGACUCUUCAGCUCGAAAGAAGAACUGGGUAUUUUUCAAUUCUUCAAAAUAAAGCUUGUUCUUUCAGACUCGGGAGGUCCAUAAGCUUUGGUUAAAGGUUGGUAUUCCUUCAAUUUAUGAGUUACGCAAAAAAGUUGAAUUUAGAGUCCGCUUUCAUUGCUGGAGACGGAUACCAAAUCUGUAGAAAGAGAUGUGGCCAGCCUACAUUCAGCUGAAAUGAAGUCAUUACAGAACACACAAGAAGUACCAUCAGCUUCCCAAGUUUCACACGAUUCCCAUAGUGAUCAACCACAGAUUCUCAAAACCGAGCCACCAGCGACAGAUUCCGCUUCCAUAUCCACUCCAAGUAAUGAAAGUAAGAAGGUUUCACGCCAAGAUAUUGAACUUGUUCAGAAUUUAAUAGAACGAUGUUUACAGUUGUACAUGAAUAGAGAUGAGGUAGUGAAAACCCUCUUGACUCGGGCAAGGAUUGAACCUGGAUUUACAUCAUUGGUAUGGCAAAAGUUGGAAGAAGAAAAUGCUGAUUUUUUCAGAGCAUAUUAUAUUAGAUUAAAAUUGAAAAGACAAAUUCUCUUGUUCAAUCAUUUAUUAGAACACCAGUAUCAUCUGAUGAAGUACCCAAUGCCGCCAAAGGUUCCAUUGGCCCCUAUGCAAAAUGGUAUCCACCCAAUGCCUGUUAACAACUUGCCCAUGGGAUACCCCGUUCUACCCCAGCCUCCAAUGCCAGCCACAGGCCAGCCUCAUCUCGAUUCCAUGAACUGUGGAAUAUCAAACUGUCAUGUGGUUAAUGGUGUCCCUGCACCAAGCAACUAUCAUCCUAUUAGGAUGAACUCUGGAAAUGAUAUGUUGAUGGACACCAGUGGUGGUGAUAUGGCACCUGUUAUUCCCCCAAGUAGUGCAAUGUCUUCCAUGUCAGAGAUGGCCAUGAGUCCUACAUCAGUUGCAUCCAGCGGUCACUUCCCAUUCACAGCAUCAGAAAUAUCAGGCAUCGGAGUAGAUACAUCAGCUCUCGACACAGCAUUCACAUCUGAUGUAGCAAGUUCAGUAGGGUUGCAACUUGCACCAGAUGGAGGACCUGGAAAUUCUCGAGAUUCCCUAAGACCGCUUGAUCAGAUUCAGUGGAAUUUUAGUUUGUCAGAUCUCACAGCAGAUUUAUCGAAUUUGGGAGACUUGGGAGCCCUUGGAAACUAUCCCGGCUCACCUUUUCUUCCAUCGGAUUCUGACAUCUUAUUAGACUCUCCAGAGCCAGAGGAUAUAGUUGAAGACUUUUUCGCUGACUCUGUCCCGGGACCUCCAUCCUCCCAAUCAGAUGAGGAGAGAAGUUAAAACAAGGCAAGGAUGUUCCCUUUUCGGCCUUUCGCCGCACUGUCAGUAUAGGAACAAGUUAGAUCUCAUCAAUAAAUUAGUUGAUUAUUGGAUUUUUUAUACCAUCAAAUUUGAACAUUUGCACCUUAGCUGCUAGUAUAGCCAGUUUGGUCUGUAAUAGCAUUCAAGUAGGACAGUGUAGCUUUAUUUUUCUCUCAUAAGACCUUGAGGAUCAUAAUUAUUAAUUUUGUAUUUCAACAAUAUUAAUUAACAUCGCAUACAGGGUAUGCCAAGAAUAUAUCCUUCUGGGACUAGAUCAA